UCCCCGCUCAACUCAGCGACCCUCAAACACACGGAGGCCGAAUUUAGGGACCGCCGCUAACUCAUAGGGACAUUCUCUGGCUCCUAGGGACCUGCUCUACCUCCUAGGGACCUUCUCUAACUCAUAGGGACCUUCGCUAUCUCCUAGGGACCGUCGCAAACUCCCCUAUCUCCUAGGGACCUUCUCUAACUCCUAGGGACCUUCCCUAUCUCCUCGGAACCUGCUCUAAAUCCUAGGGACCGUCUCUAACUUCCAGCAACCUUCUGAAACGUAUAACUGUCACCUUUAGAGGACGUCGGAGUAGCUUUCCGUUACAAAACCUCCGUUGACAUCUCCAGGUUCGUCUCCACUGAGCGGGAUCUUCUCGGCCCGUUAGUCUAUUCCAGAUUAACCGACCUCCACCCACCUCCAGCCACUUCCACCGGCAUGGAGCUGUCGGACCUCUCCUUCCCCGUGGGCUCGGCGGAGGACUUCUACGACGACCCCUGCUUCAACACCAGCGACAUGCACUUCUUCGACGACCUGGACCCGCGCCUCGCCCCGGCGCACGUGGGCCUCGCAAAGCCCGACGACUCCCGCCACCAUCACCACCACCACCUCCUCCACCUGCAGCACGAGGAAGAGGAGGACGACGACGACGACGAUGAGGACGGGGACGGGGAUGGGGACGGGCACGUGCGCGCCCCCGGGGGGCACCACGGCGCCGGCAGGUGUCUGCUGUGGGCGUGCAAGGCAUGCAAGCGGAAGACCACCAGCGCAGACCGGCGGAAGGCGGCCACGAUGCGCGAGCGGCGGCGGCUGGGGAAGGUGAACGAUGCGUUCGAGACCCUGAAGCGGUGCACCUCCUCCAACCCCACCCAGCGGUUGCCAAAGGUGGAGAUCCUCCGCAAUGCCAUCAGCUACAUCGAGUCCCUGCAGUCGCUGCUGCGGGGUCCCGGGGAGGAGGGCUAUUACUACCCCGGGGCCGCGGGGCCCUACAGCGGGGACGACUCGGACCUUGGCUCCACCGACCUCGGCUCCAGCCCCCGGUCCAACUGCUCGGAUGGCAUGAUGGAUUUCAGCGGCCCGUCAUACCAGGUUCAGGCCGCCCGGAGGACCACUUACGACAGAAGCUUCACCGACUCACCCGCCGCUCCGCGGCAGAAGGGGCGUGGCUCCGUGGCCUCCAGCCUCGCCUGCCUCUCCAGCAUCGUCCAGAGGAUCUCCACCGAGACCCCCGCCGCGGCCGGGCCCUGCUCGCCCCUACCAGAGGCGUCUGGCCCUGGGGAGGCCCCCACGCCAGCCCCCGGCCGCGGGCCCGACCUCAGCCUUGUUUACCAGGCCUUAUGAACGGCCUCGAACCAACGAGCCCCGACACAAUAACUUUCCACCGGAUAACCCCGUGAGCCGGAGGGGAGCCCCUUAUGUCUUGAAGGACCAGAGUCAGAAAAGGACCAGAGUCAGACAGGGAACAGAGUGAGACCGGGACCAGAGUGAGACCGGGACCAGAGUGAGACCGGGACACCCUCUCUCCUGGACGCUGUAUCGAACUCUCCAGCGUUUUAUUCUCUCGGUUCACGGAGGGCCACGUCUGUACAUAUUGUUGUAGAUAAGAGCAGUUAUGCUAUGAGGAGUGAAUAUUAUUAUAAUUAUAUAAUUAUAUAAUUAUGAUUAUAACUAUUAUUAUUAUUAUUAUUAUUAUUAUUAUUAUUAUUAUUAUUAUUAUUAUUAUCAUCAUCAUUAUUAUUAUCAUAAGGCUAUUGUUAUCACAUUGUUUUAUAUUAUUUGUGUCAACAUUUGUAUUAAUAUUAUUUAAGUAUUUAAUGUUCCACGUCUUGACGUGCUGUUUGAGAUCAACUUUAUAUUUAUACUUGACGA